AUGAGUUCCCCUUCUGGAAGUGCAAACGGUGAAGGGUCGCGCGAUGGUAGGACUGAAAGUCGCCUGCCAACAUGGGAUGACGCCAGAGCGAGUGCUUAUUUUAACUUUGAUUUCAUGAAUCCCAAAUCCCUUAAAGGAGUUUUUCUAUUGGGCCUUGGUUAUAGUGUUGCUGCGUCAGGAUGGUCAAGUUUUCAGGCGUAUAGAGGACGCAGACUUGAUCAAGAGGAAGAAAGACGCGCAGAGGAAGCUAGAGAACGCGAAGAAGAAACUAGACGAAGGCAAGCGGAGUUCCUCCGUCAAUUACACGAAGACCUUGGGAUAGAUGCCGAAGCCGGAAUUACGCAACAGGAAAUAACUACAGCUAGGGAUGAGAUUAAUUACGUUGAUGAGGCAAUGAACAUAGUUGUUACGGGGAACCUUAACGCCGGUAAAUCGUCUCUAAUAAACGCGCUUCGAAAUUCGACGCUUCUGAAACAAUCGAGGGAAUUAAAUUCCUGCAGACAAUUGCUGCUCACGAGUUUCGCUUUUACAUACAGGAACUGUGGAUUGUGCCUGAUCUCUUUGGCGGACACGACAACUGGACAGCGGAAGAGAUCGCACAACAGCAGCAAUACUACCCUGUCAAAACGCCACAAUCAAGAGAACUCAGUCUCGGCUUCCAAUACUUGGCUUUGCCGGAAAAGCCCAUAGAGGAUAUCUUAGAAGAAUCCAGACAGUGGCAACGACAGUGGUUGGCGCUACGUAAUGCGCGGGUUUACGUCACUGUACACGGGUGACAAGGUUUGGCCUUGUUGAGAGCGUUAGGUGAGCGCUGAGCGACGAACAGUCGUCUAUAAAGUACUCUGUUUCCUUCCUUUGCGAAAGUUGGUAUGCAAGACCUCAAGCUCCCAAUCUCCCCAUUUCUUGAGCUCAGAGACGCAGACCAGCUGGACUAAGAGCUUAUCCCUUUCUUUGGUGAGAGCACGCACUGCCCUCGUGAGAGAAUCGCGUCCAUCGCACUUUGUGUCCUGAUUUGGGAGUCGGAGCUUUUUCAACUUGGUGCCCCAACGUGGAUGCUCCCGCAAUUUAUCGAGGGCCGAUCCAUCCAACCGACUGUUUCCAUGCCUGCUAUGCGUAGUGAUCUCUACAUAAGAGAUAUCGGCGCAAUUUUUAAACAAGGCUUCGAGCGUAAUGUCCUGAAGGCCCGAGGUACCCUGAAGCUGCACGAAGCGAAGUUUGGGACAUAACUUGGUGAGGUGAAUCACAGCCUCGUCCGUGACUUCUUGAGCCGAGUUCUUAGCAUCGUAACCGACAUCUUCGAAAUGGAAUUCGAAACGUGUCAGACUACGACAUAGACGAGGUCCAAUCGAGGUCAGCUCGUAGAUAUGUUGGCUACUUGGCAAUCAGUACGUGUACGAAAUCGACUGUGUGAGAUUUUGUGAGAAGGAACAUACUCUUUCAGGACGAAGCCAGAGCCAAAUGCCACUCUCUUAGUCCCUUGCCCAAGCCAUUCCCGAUGAUAGGACUCCCAUUCUUGAUUGACUCGAAAGGUGACUUCCUUCAGUCCCCUAUUCAUUGGCACAGAAGUCUUUUGCGCUGCAUUAGGUCCUUUGACUGCAAGAUCGGCAUGAGUUGGUGCAAAUUCGCAAGCCUCUUCUGAGUCUCCGAUCGCAUGUGUCGCUGUACCUUCAUUAAAUAGACGUCCCUCCUCUGUCUCACUAGUUAAGCGCAUUGUAGCCUCUCCAGCCGAUUGCGUGGCGCACUCUUUGGUCGCUGCUGUUGCGCGUUCGUUCGCUCCAAGUCCGAUGCCAGGAGUGAAUCCGAACCCUGGAAGCGCCGACUUCCCCCUUGAUUUCUUAUUCCGUGUUCGGAUAGGCGGCAUUGCUUCUAAGCUUUAACCAUGAGCGUAUAUAGACGAUUAGCGAGGAUUUAGGCGCAGGGUUGACUUUUUUUUUUGAUGGCCAAAGCUUAGGUUAAAGUGCGCUUGAAUAUCGAAUUGCCCUUUGGUUCGGAGUAUGGAGGUUGGAGUCAAAAGAGAGUGUGUACGCUAAUGUGGCACUAGCUCGCUCGCUGCAUGU